UAAAUUAAUGAGUGUCUUUGAAAAGGAAGACAAGAUGCCUUUUGAGGUGUUUAAUUCGUUAAGGGAAAGAUUUUUAAAGCCUGGGAAGGAAGAGGUGAAGAAUACUGUUAGUGACUCACUGGGACACUUACAAAGAAAAAUUGAUGGAACCAACCUAGAAGAAGAUAACAUUGAACUGAAUGCAGAUGGAAGACCUAAGCAAAUGGCAAACAAGCCUCCUUUAUUUGAUUGCUAUUGCUGUGGGCUACCUAAACGCUACAUCAUUGCUAUAAUGAGUGGCCUGGGCUUUUGCAUUUCUUUUGGAAUUAGAUGCAAUCUUGGUGUUGCCAUCGUGGAAAUGGUUAACAACAACACAAUCUAUGUCAAUGGAAAACCAGAGAUUGAGAAAGCACAAUUCAACUGGGAUCCAGAAACAGUAGGACUCAUUCAUGGCUCAUUUUUCUGGGGUUACAUUAUUACUCAAAUUCCAGGAGGCUUCAUUGCAAAUAAACUAGCAGCUAACAGGGUGUUUGGAGCAGCUAUUUUUCUCACUUCCACACUAAACAUGUUCAUUCCUACAGCCGCCAGGGUACAUUAUGGCUGUGUUAUGUUUGUAAGGAUUUUACAAGGGCUUGUGGAGGGUGUGACUUACCCAGCAUGCCAUGGAAUGUGGAGUAAAUGGGCUCCUCCACUGGAAAGAAGCAGGUUGGCUACCACAUCUUUCUGUGGUUCUUAUGCUGGGGCAGUGGUUGCCAUGCCACUGGCAGGUAUAUUAGUGCAAUACAUAGGAUGGUCAUCUGUCUUUUAUAUAUAUGGAAUGUUUGGGAUUAUCUGGUACGUGUUCUGGCUUUUGCAUGCCUAUGAGAGUCCUGCUGCUCAUCCAACAAUUACCACUGAGGAAAAAACAUACAUAGAAACAAGUAUAGGAGGAGCUAAUUUAGUCAGUGCCAGUAGAUUUAAUACUCCAUGGAAGCAGUUUUUCACUUCAAUGCCAGUUUAUGCAAUCAUUGUGGCAAACUUUUGCAGAAGCUGGACUUUCUACUUACUGCUGAUAAGUCAGCCUGCAUACUUUGAGGAGGUCUUUGGAUUUGCAAUAAGCAAGGUUGGCCUUUUGUCUGCUGUUCCUCAUAUGGUCAUGACCAUUAUCGUGCCCAUUGGAGGCCAGCUGGCUGAUUGUUUACGCAGCAGAAGAAUUUUAACCACCACUGCAGUAAGAAAAAUCAUGAAUUGUGGAGGUUUUGGUAUGGAAGCAACUUUACUUUUGGUGGUUGGCUACUCUCAAACAAGAGGUGUGGCAAUAUCUUUCUUGGUUUUGGCAGUGGGCUUUAGUGGAUUUGCUAUUUCAGGAUUUAAUGUCAACCAUCUAGACAUUGCACCCCGUUAUGCCAGCAUCCUCAUGGGCAUCUCUAACGGAGUGGGGACAUUGUCAGGAAUGGUGUGUCCUCUCAUUGUAGGUGCGAUGACUAAACAUAAGACCCGUGAAGAAUGGCAAAAUGUUUUCUUAAUAGCUGCCCUAGUUCAUUAUAGUGGCGUGAUAUUUUAUGCCAUCUUUGCUUCUGGUGAGAAGCAACAAUGGGCUGAUCCAGAAAACCUGAAUGAAGAAAAAUGUGGAAUAAUUGGCCAAGAUGAACUGGCUGAAGAGACUGAACUGAACAACGAUAGUUUUGUUAGCUCAAAGAGAACAUACGGUGCUACCAUUCAAAAUGACGAAGUACGAAGGAAAGAAUUGCAGAAGCAAAAGGACGUGAUACACAAUGUAGAACAGACUUCCUACCAGUAUGAAAAUGGAAACUUUCAAGAUUCAUCAUAA